AUGGAAUUGCCAGACAUUGGUUCAUAUUGUUCAUAUUCUUCUUGCAGAAAAUUAGGUUAUAUUAUUAUCUUCCAUUUAAAUGCUUAUAUUGCAAUAAAGAAUUUUGGUCAUUUUUUAUAUUUACUUAUUACUAAAUUUAAUACUUUUAGCAAUAAUCAUAAAAAUGAAAAAAAUCAUGAUUGCAAAGAAGCACUCGAAGCUUUUAAAUUAAAGAAUAUAAAUAUAGUUCCAACAUUAAAAAAAAAAAGCUCACCAAAAAAUCUUAUUGACUAUUGGGAUAAAAACCUUGACCCUUUGAAACCUAAAAACAAUGGUUCUUCAGAGACAAAAAGAUCUUUUAAAAACAAUAUAAAAUUUUCUAAAUUAUGGCAUUGGAUUUUUAAAUGUUCACAUAGCUCCCAAAAAUCAAAAUCAACACACAUCACCAUUUUAAAAUUAAAAAAAGAAGCUAAAGGAGAAACGUCGAUACCUCUUUCAUCAAGAUUGUAUAUAAAAGUAGAAUUUUCAUGUUCUAAUGCUCAUUUUCUAUCUCAAAAAUUUUUUUAUAUUUCAAAAGACUGGUCAUGUGGUCGAUCAUUAGAUUAUCUUAGUAAGAAUAUUGGUAUCAAAAAUGUUAAUUCAUCAACUAAAAACGAAAAUGAGAGACUUCAUUUAAUGCAUAUAGAAUCAGGAAAAAUAUUAGAACCCUCAAAAAUAAUUGGUGACUGUAUUAUAACUGGAGAUACAGUUGUACUUAUGCGUGGAAUUAAUUAUCACAAAAAAAUAUAA